AGUUUAGAAGAAAAAGACAACCCUGCAUGCAUCUUCUUCGCUUGGUUUGUUUGGUGCGCUUUUUAACAAUAUUUCGAUAGUAGAACGUAUUUUUACCCGCCAAAGAUAGCACAAAACGAUGGCAGAAUACUUGGCCUCUAUCUUCGGUACCGAAAAAGACAAGGUCAACUGCUCGUUCUACUUUAAAAUCGGUGCCUGCCGACAUGGAGACCGAUGCUCGCGCAUCCACAACAAGCCAACGUUUUCGCAAACCUGCCUACUGCAGAACCUGUACGUAAACCCGCAGAAUUCGGCCAAAUCGGCCGACGGUAGCCAUCUGGUAGCGAACGUGUCGGAUGAAGAGAUGCAGGAGCACUAUGAUAAUUUCUUCGAGGACGUGUUUGUCGAGUGUGAAGACAAAUACGGUGAAAUCGAGGAGAUGAACGUGUGCGAUAAUCUGGGCGACCAUUUGGUGGGUAACGUGUAUAUAAAGUUUCGCCGCGAGGAGGACGCCGAGCGGGCGGCCAAGGAUCUAAACAAUCGCUGGUUCGGUGGACGGCCGGUGUACUCGGAAUUGUCGCCGGUUACUGAUUUCCGUGAGGCGUGCUGCAGACAGUACGAGAUGGGUGAAUGUACACGUUCGGGUUUCUGUAACUUUAUGCAUCUGAAACCAAUUUCUCGCGAGCUACGGCGCUAUUUGUACUCCAGGCGACGUGGACGUUCCCGGUCCCGGUCUCGAUCACCUCGCCGUGGUGGUGGUGGCGGUGGAGGAGGUGGUGGUGGUGGUGGUGGCGGCGGCGGCGGUAUUGGUGGUGGUCGUGAUCGUUCCCGUGAUCGUCGUCGAUCUCGCAGCAGAGAUAGAAAAAACGAUCGUAACGACAAUGGUCGCAAAGGACGAUACUGAAUAUGUCAAGCAAGCGAGAGUAAAGAUAGAAUGAGUUUUUUUUAAUUUUCUUCGUAUUCCUAAUUACUUUUGAACAGGAUGUAUGGAUUGAUUUAAAAUGCUGUAUGUUUGUAAUCGUAAUCAAUAAUCAUUAAAUACAUUUACAUCUGAAAAA